AUGGACUUGGCGGGCCUGCAGGAGGAGCACCGCCGGGCGGUCCAUCGGUACCGGGAGCUGCUGGAGGGCAUCGACGCCGAGGUCAAGCUACAGCACCACCUGCGGCUCGAGGCCGAGCUCUUCGGGCGCGAGCGCGAGUCCCUCCUGGCCCAGCAGGCCGACCAGGACCGCAGCCUGGCCUCGCUCCGGGAGGUGCUGGCCCACUGGACCCGGCAGAAGGCCGAGGCCCAGGUCCAGGUCGAGCAGCUCUGCAGCAGGGAGAACAGGAAGCGGGAGCGGCUCGAGGCGCGGGCCAAGGCGCUCGCUGAGUGCAUCGAGGCCGAGCGCCGGCAGGCGACGGAGGUGGAGGAGGCCCACGACAGGCUGGUGGGCGCGGAGCUGGCGGGCCACCUGGACGCAGUGCUGCGGCGCGAGGUGCAGGUGCGGGCCAAGUUCGAAGCCAAGCUGGGCCACUCGAUCGAGCUCCUUAAGAAGAACGCCGCGCGCGCCUCAGCGCCCUCCCCGCGCCCCAGCCCGCAGCGGCCCAGACGAGCGGCCGCCCCGGCCACCACCACCGCCACCACCAGUACCAGUACUGACGGCGGAGCCGAGGGUGCCGACGAGACGACCAAGAAGAGCCACGAGAUGGACCAGAACGUGUAG